UUCGUUGUUGUCCCACCUGUUUGAGGUCUACGGUGGUGUAAUUUUUGUUUUGAACGGCGCUUGUUUCCAAGAGAUUCUUGCUGGCUUGCCGACCUUUCCAUUUCUCCAGUGAGCGGUGUCCACAUGUUUGCUGCACGAAACAAUUAUAUAGCUCGAAGUUCAAUGCAAGGCUAGCGAACUUUGAGGUUAAGUGGGAGAGACAUCUGGAAACAAGCCAUGGCCGGCGCACUGGUGUACAUCAUACAUGCGGUGGCUGUAGCAGGCGAAAGUGUACCGACAAACAUGUUGCUGAUCGGCGGCUUUGCCAAGUGUGGCACAUCACAUCUCCACAGAGUCCUGGCCGAUCAUCCGAAAGUCUUCGCCUUGCGGAAAGAGCUUAAACCUUUGCCCGGAAAACACCAGAUGUUUGAAGAGGUGAUUUUCUUCUAUGCGCGAGAAGUUGCACGCGUUGAUGUUAGCAGCCCGGUGCUAAUUCGAGACGCCUGUCGCAACAAUUUCAACGAUAAUGAAUCCAAACAAGAAUGUUUGCGUGCUCUACCAGGUAAAGAUGAUUCGUUGCCUGCAAAAAAAGAUAUUGCUCCAAAGAUAUUGCUGUUCACACACAUCAACUUUCACCGGGACCCUGUGCUGAUGGAACGAUGGGGCGCCACAGUAAAAACCAUCUACCUUGUGCGAGACCCUGCAGAGUAUUUGUGGGCAGCUUUCAACUAUUGGAGAACUGACUUGGAUGCCAAUUCUGCACAAAAAACGAGUGUUGGCAACUUCUACCGGAGCCCCGAGUUGUUUCAUGAGUUGCUUCUGGCAGAUGGCCUUCUCAAAUGGAAGAUGGGCUUGAACGGCCGAACAGGUGAGUGGUUCUUUCUUCUACAAAAUGAAACGACUUCUUCUUCUUUAAAAGAAAAAAACGACUUCUUCUUCCGAAAUUUCACCUCCUUUUGCGCUCGGAAGAUCUUCUGGAUCCACAUCUCACGGCACUGGCCCUUGGAAAAAUCAGCUCUUUCACCGGAUUGAAGGCGGAAGACUUCAACUCCUCCUCUUUCAACACCCGGACCAAUGCAGGAUAUUCCGCGUCUUCGAAGGGAAUUCUGACAGUGAGUGAACAAACAAUGGUGCAAAGCGGAGUCUAUGAGCUUUCUGGUUACCGGCCAAUGCUUUGCAAGACCCGGAUCUUCAUUUACCAAAACUACAAUGCAGUUUGCCAGGUGUUGGCUGCCAGCAGUUUGCCAAGAAAUGUAAUUUUUUCUUAAAGCCGGACUCACUCAACGGGUUUCGUGUUUUGGUUGUAUGUUGAAAAUCUCUUGUUUAUGUUGUAUGGAACUACUGCAAAGAGAUGCUUGUCAAGAUCCAAACUCUUGUUGGUCGG